AUGCAUCUGCCAUCCAUUCUCAGCGGCUUCAUCGCCGUUCCCCUCCUUACCAGCACCGUGGUUGCUGAGUCCGGUCGCUUCCUCAAGGUUGUUCGCAACAGCAACAACGGCCGUCGUGCCGUUAGCUUGCCCCGCGCCGUCGAGAGCACCUUUGUGCUUCAAAUCUCCAGCCCUUCUUUCAAAGGCUCUUGCUACUGCCCCGGUGAAGCUCAAUAUGUUGGCUUCAACGGCAUCUCCACUAGCAACAUCUAUGGUGCCAUGAUCUGGACACUCAUUGACGGAGAGCUGUACUCAAUCACCGAAGGUGGUGCUGUCUCUAUCCCGUCUGGUCAGGACGCUGCUUUCGUCGCCUCGCUGCCGAGAACUGGUGCAAUCACCACUACCUUUAGCACUGUCAACAACACCCUCGUUUGGGAGAACCAAGGCUUCCCGUCAGGCAGUGCCCAGUUCUGCCAGCGCGGCCUGGAUGGCGCUGUGAUUGCGUAUGGCGCUGGCGCGCCUGAAGGCUGCGUUGAGACUGGUCUUUCGAUUGUCACUACGUUCACUACCAGCCCUCAAGCAACUUCCCCCACUGGUCCUGCCAAUGGCAACGGAAACAAUGGUGCUGCCGUUGGUCAACCUGGCGGUCCUGGUCAGCCCGGUCAGCCCGGUCAGCCCGGACAGCCCGGCACACCCGGCACACCCGGCACACCCGGCACGCCUGGCACGCCUGGACAGCCUGGCACUCCUGGACAGCCUGGCACCCCUGGACAGCCCGGCACGCCUGGCAGUGGCGGUAACGGGGGCAACGGGGGCAACGGCGGUAACGGCGGUAACGGCGGCGGCGGACAGCCCGGUCAGCCCGGUCAGCCCGGGCAGCCCGGCACGCCUGGUCAGCCCGGCACGCCUGGUCAGCCCGGCACGCCUGGUCAGCCCGGCCAGCCUGGCAGUGGCGGUAAUGGCGGUAACGGACAGCCUGGUCAACCCGGACAGCCUGGAAACGGUGGAAACGGCGGCAACGGCGGGGAUGGCCAGCCUGGUAACGGUGGAAACGGCGGCAACGGCGGUGAUGGCCAGCCUGGUAACGGUGGAAACGGCGGCAACGGCGGUGAUGGCCAGCCUGGUAACGGUGGAAACGGCGGCAACGGCGGGGAUGGCCAGCCUGGUAACGGUGGCAACGGCGGCAACGGCGGUGAUGGCCAGCCUGGUAACGGUGGCAACGGCGGCAACGGCGGGGAUGGCCAGCCUGGUAACGGUGGCAACGGCGGCAACGGCGGGGAUGGCCAGCCUGGUAACGGUGGAAAUGGCGGCAACGGCGGUGAUGGCCAGCCUGGUAACGGUGGCAACGGCGGCAACGGCGGUGAUGGCCAGCCCGGUAACGGUGGAAACGGCGGCAACGGUGGUGAUGGCCAGCCCGGUAACGGUGGAAACGGCGGCAACGGCGGUGAUGGCCAGCCCGGUAACGGUGGCAACGGUGGAGAUGGCCAGCCUGGCCAGCCUGGAAACAACGGCGGCGAUGGCCAGCCUGGAAACAACGGCGGCGAUGGCCAGCCUGGAAACAACGGCGGCGAUGGCCAGCCUGGUCAGCCUGGAAACAACGGCGGCGAUGGCCAGCCUGGUCAGCCUGGAAACAACGGCGGCGAUGGCCAGCCUGGCGAGCCUGGACCGUCCGGACCUCCCGGACCUCCUGGACCUCCGGGACCUCCUGGACCCAGCGGCACCGGUGGCGGCGAUGGUGGCGAGCCUUCUACCACUCCCGCGCCUGGUUCCUCCACAACGCCUGGUGAGACCACGAUGCCUAGUGGUACCAUGACUGGUGGCUCGUCUACGCCUGCUCCCACCGACUCCUCCAUGACGCCCGGUUCUUCCAUGAUGUCUGGUUCGUCCAUGCCCAGUGGCUCUAUGACUACACCCUCUCCCACCAGCCAAACCACUCCUGUUGGUAGCACCUGCCCCACGGCGACGUGUGCCGCUGCCACGAUCGCCGAGGGCGCUCAGUCUGUCGUCGACGCCAUCGACAAGGUCUCUGAUCUCUCCAUGGCUCUCCAGGAUCCCGCCAACAACAUCGGUACUGGCCCGGCUGGUAUCGCCGCCGGUACGCAGGUUGCCAUGGGCUUUGCCAACAUCGUGACUACCAUCACCGGCUCCCUCGGCGCCAUCACCUCCCUGCAGCCUCUCGAUGUCGAGUGUGACGCCACCGCCGUCAACAUCGCCUUGACCAAGUUUGUGAACAUCCACCAGGCCCUCCUCAAGAUUGUUUUCGGCAAGGGCUCCGUCCUUGAAAGCAUCCCUGUCGCUGGUAUUGCUGUCGCCGCCGCCCUCCAGACCCUCGAGGGCGCUGUCGACUCGCUUGCUUUUGCCAUCAUCAACCUCAUCCCUACCCAGAAGCAAUGUGCCAUGGACGAGAUCAUGGCUCUGAACGGUACCCUCACCAUGACUCAGGGCACAGUCGACUCUUGCAACAAGCCCGACAUGUGCUCCGCUAGCGCGAUCGGAGAUGCUGGCCAGGGUGUUAUUGACGCCAUCAACAAGAUCACCGACCUCUCUAUGAACCUUCAAGGACCCGCCAACGGCCUGUCGAUCACUAACCCUGCCGCUUUUGCCCAGGUUGCCUCGGGCUUCACUCAGAUUGUCACCCAAAUCACCGCGGAUAUUGCUACGCUGGCCUCUAUGCCUCCUCUGGACCCGGGCUGCGCUGCUGACGGCGUCUCCAUUGCCCUGACCAAGUUUGUCGAAGUCCAUCAGGCACUUCUCAACAUCAUCAUUGGCAAGGCUGGCGUGAUCUCUCAGGUCCCUCUUGCUGGUGCCCCUGUUGCAGCCGCUCUCCGAGCCCUCGAGGGUGUCGUUGACGGCAUUGCCAACGCCAUCAUUGGCCUCAUUCCGUCGCGCAAGUGCUUCACCACUCAGCAGACCAACAACCUCUCUGGCACUCUGAACGACGCUCUCAAGGCCGUCCCUUCAUCUUGA